GGUUUAUCACAGAUCAUGCGAUCCAACAUCCGACAGAAAAUACACAUCGCCAUUUACGUUGACCUAAAAGGAAAUAUAGCCUUGGUUUUUCACGAAUUCGGCUUCUUCAUGCACUGCUUUUUAUGUGGAAAGCAGACUAGAUCUGCUGGACAGUUUUUGAUACACAUGUAUCGCAAAAUUGCUCCAACGACGGUGAAUACCGUCGUACGAGGAAUCGUUUUGUUCUUGAUCGGUGGAUUUCUUGCUAUGGUACUCUUUGCAUUGUCAAUCUUACCUGAGGCUCAAAAAAGACGAUUGGGGUCUUUCCCCAUAGAAAUUAUAAUACGUGUUUACUCUACUUUUUGGUGGAUUCCUCCAUCGUGUGGGACAAUGGCGGCGACUAUUGGGUUAGCUUGUCCUGGUCUUGAUUCAUGGCUUGGCAAGCCUCAUAACUUUCAACGAGAAUGGUCUAGUGUUGCAAGAUGUGUGGCGAUGUUUGUUGGAAUAAGUCACGGCACUGCAAAACUUGACUUCAGCAGCAGUUACCAUCUAUUUGUGUUUAUGGCUAUAACAUCAAUUUUACUGUGGUGGUUCUUCGAUCGUUCAAUUCUUGGUUUAGGCAUAGCMGCAACYAGUGCRYUAGCUGCUUCUGUUGCUGUCAUCCUCCUUCUUUACCUUGGUGUAUGGAUACUUAGAUAUCGACAAGUUUUAGCUGUAGUUCCUGGUCUCUUCUUUUCUGGUGCAGUCACAUUUGGAAACAUUGGCAGACAAUUAGCUAUGGUGGAAAGCAUCCCACGAAAAUAUAAAGAGCACUUCGACUAAAGAUAUUUUGAUAAAUGCAUCAAAUGGAACUGUUCUGCUGUAUUUCCAGCAAAGUAGAUGUAAAUUUUAUAAGAUAAUAUAAUAUUUUAGAAUAAUAAUGUAAAAACAUCAUUGACAAUUGUGGGACAAAGUUCUAUUAUUUCAACUAAGAGUCCUUAUACUGUGUACAUGAUUGUCAAUGAUAUGCAGUAAAAUAUGGUGUAUAUAACAUUUAAUUGCAUGUUCCAUGGAAAAAGAAUCCAGAAUUUUCUGAAUAAUAUUGUUUAUAUUAAUAACUUUCUAUUUAAUACACAUAACAUUCAAAUCUUGAGCAGUUGGUUGGCAAUUUUUGGCAAUUAUUGUCCUAUUUCGAUUUACAAUUUAAUUUUUAUUGUUGUUGAAAUUCCAUUAGAAGUUUAUCAUUUAGACACAGUCUUUUGAUGAAACUACAUCAGGACUGAUAAUAUUGAAAUCUGCCCUUUUGUUUACAUGCUUGGCACUAAUAACUAAAUUUUUCAAUAAAUUCAGGCAAACUCCUCUUUUGGCCUUUUAGAACAUAAUCAUGGUCAUAAUGGAGCUUGUGUUACAACUUAUCAAUUAGAUAUUAAAAAAAGACAUAUUAGACAUAUUUUGAAAGAGACAUAUUAGCUUGCUGGGGCUUUUGAAUGUUUUGAACAUAAGGUCUAAUCAUUUGCUGGCGAAUGAUUUUUUGCAGUGCAUCACUGUUGUUCAAAGCAUCAAAACAUUCCACUUGUAAAAAGCAUUAAAUGCAUAUCUAUUAUGUCAGAGAAGGUAUUAUAUUCUAUAUGUUAUAGAACUGUUGUAAAAUAAAAGUCUAACACAAUGA